AUGGUUAAAACUAUUCUAGUCACUGGGGCUUCUAAGGGUAUAGGAAAAGCGAUUGUUGAGAAAAUCUUCGAGAAGGGAGGCGAUAAUGUCAAGGUUUUGGGUAUUGCAAGAACACUGGUGGAUUUAAAGACGCUAAAGGAGCAAUUUGGGUCAAGGUUCGAUUAUCUGUGCGCGGAUAUAACGGAUGUAGAAGCUAUCGGACAGUUUAUCGACUCUCAGGAAACCGGUAUUGACGCACUGAUAGCUAAUGCGGGAGUACUGUCACCUGUUAAAGAAGUGGGCUGUGCGAAUACUGAGGAGUGGAAGAGACUGUUUGAUGUAAACUUCUUCAGCGUGGUGUCGCUAGUGACACGAACUUUACCUCAGUUGAAGAACUCUUCACAGGGGGACGUGAUCUUAGUUAGUUCAGGUGCGAGUGUAAAGCCAUACUUUGCAUGGGGCGCCUAUGGUGCUUCUAAAGCGGCGUUGAACCACUUUGCAAUGUCACUGGCCUCCGAAGAACCCAAUGUCCACACCGUUGCUGUUGCACCGGGAGUGGUGAACACGCAGAUGCAAACGGACAUCCGCGAAACUUUGGGGCCGGGAAAUAUGACUUCAGAAGCCCUUAAACGGUUUACGGAUCUUCAUACCAACGGUGAACUGUUGGAACCUGAGGUACCUGCCGAGAUCUAUGCUAAUCUGGCUAUAGACGGUAUUGUAUCGGAAAUAAAUGGGAAAUACCUCCGGUACAAUGAUGCGUUACUUGCCCGGUAUUCUUGA